CAUUUGUUUUACUAUUGUUUCGUGGUUUUAAAAACUGUGUUAAUUUUUAGUUAUUAUUAGUGACUGAAAAUAUUUAGUUUAUCUUAAAAAUGCUAACUUAUUACUUUUAAAACACUCAAAUGUUAACGUGGUUUAUAUCCGGUUGUCGCUGUCAUAGCGCUGUCCCUUUUCCACUCACGCACUUAGACGGAGCGCUGCUAUCCGUCGUGCUUUCUCGCGCGCAGUCGGAACAUCCGUUCAAUGGCUGGUGGGCAAGAAAAAUGGUAUUUUACAAAAGAACAACUACAGAAUUCACCAAGCAGAAAAUGCGGUUUAGAUGCAGAUAAAGAAUUAGCAUAUCGGCAGCAGGCCGCAAAUCUAAUCCAGGAUAUGGGACAGAGGCUUCAAGUCUCUCAACUAUGUAUAAACACGGCGAUAGUGUACAUGCACCGGUUCUACGCGUUCCACUCGUUCACUCAUUUCCACAGGAACGCUGUGGCCGCCGCGGCGCUGUUCCUCGCCGCAAAGGUGGAGGAACAGCCUCGCAAAUUAGAAUAUGUAAUAAAAGUUGCGCACGUGUGCCUCCACAGAGGUGAGGGCGCCAGUGCCCUCACAGCCGAACAGUACCAAGAACAGGCGCAGGACCUGGUAUUCAACGAGAAUGUACUGCUACAAACAUUAGGGUUCGAUGUAGCGAUCGACCACCCUCACACGCACGUUGUACGCACGUGUCACCUUGUUAAAGCACCCAAGGACCUAGCACAGACGUCGUAUUUCAUGGCGUCGAACAGUCUCCAUUUGACGACAAUGUGCCUACAGUACAGGCCGACGGUUGUCGCGUGUUUCUGCAUACAUUUGGCGUCGAAAUGGAGCAAUUGGGCGAUACCGCAGUCGAACGAGGGCCGCCACUGGUUCUACUACGUGGACCGGACGGUGACCAUGGAUCUGUUGGAGAAGUUGACCGGCGAGUUCCUGCUCAUCUUCGAGAAGUGCCCCUCCAGGCUGAAGAGGAAAAUGAUGAACGUCAAGGCUGCAGACGGCAGCUCCCCGGCGUCCGUGCCGCAUCCGUCCGGCUCCAACGCAGUAGCCAGCUCGCCGUUCGACAAGAAACACGCUCCGAACACUUCGGACGAGAUCGACAAGUCCUUUGAUAAAGAAUACGAGCGCGAAAGGCGACGUCAGCCAGCACCGGGCGGCUACGUGCCCGCCACCACUAGCGCGCCACCCAACCAACCACAACCACAGAAGAUCGAUUUUAACCUAUACAGGGAGAAAGAGAGGGAAGAGCGCGAGAGGCGGGAGGAGCGAGCGAGACGGGAACAGAUGCAGCAACAGAGGCCGGGCGUGCCGCAGCAGAGGCCGAGUCAACCGCCACCGCACCACCAGCGGCCGAAUCAACACCAUCACAAAUCUCAUCAUCCGUGGCCUCCCCACAAGUCUCACCAUCAGAAGCCACCGCAUGACCAUCGCCACCACCGGCCUAUGCCCGGGCCCUCCACCUCCUCCACAUCCUCCACAUCCGUCCCGCAUCAGGAGAUUCCUCAGAGGACGCGGCCGCCGUCACUGUUCUCUCCUGAGAAUGCGACGACACCGUCCGCGGCGGCUGCGGCCGCUCCCAGGCGACCGCAACCUCCACCGCAACCACAGCCUCAGUCACUACCACAGCAACCGCCUCCCCAAGCGCAACCGCAACCACAGCCUCAACCUCAGCCGCAACACUCGCGACCGAAACCGGAGGCGCGACCAAACCCACCUCCCAUCCAAAGCACGCAAGAGCAGAGGCCGCCGAGUCCGAGAAAGAGACCGGACCCGACGACUGCCAUCCGCGAGAUGCAACCUCCUGCCAUUCUGUCACCCUUCUCCUCUCCCCCGGCCGUGGAGCAGCCCAAGCAGAGGGUUAGGCAGCAGUCUAAUUCGGAACCUGAGCUGAUUCCGGUCGUUAAGAAGCUGGAUGAGACGCCUGGCUAUGAGAAUGUAAUUAAAGACUCACAAAGGGGCGUCAAAACUAAAGUUCCUGAACGGAAACCCGAGCAAGUGGCCAGAGCCUUGAAUGGCAUCGAGACCGACCCGACGUUGGUGUCAAAUCUGUUGAAGGAAAGUUUGGCUAAACCUGCGCCGAUUACGGUUCCAACGGAGAGAAAGUCACCUGUAGAAAUAAAGAAGGAGGUCAUAGAGCCGCCCGCUCCGCCCGCCCCCGUCCGCCGCCUCCCCGAACUUCCACAGCCAGUGGAUAUUCAAGGCGAUCACAAACAUAAGAAGGACAAAAAGAAAAAGGAGAAACACAAACAUAAGGACCGCGACAAGUCGAAGGAGGACAGAAAGAAACACAAGAAGGACAAGGACAAGGAGAAGAAAAAGGAGAGCCCGCCGACGGAGACCCAGGACGGCACGUUGCGCAUAACGAUCCCGCGGGAGAAGCUGUCGGCGACCAGUCCCGGGCUCAAGAUCAAGAUACCAAAGGAGCGGCUGGCCGCGCCGCCGCAGACCUCCGGGCUCAAGAUCAAGAUCCCCAAGGAGGUCUUGGAGACGUCGCGGAAGCGCGCCGCCGCGCCGGAGCCCGGCCCCGCGCACAAGCUGGCGCGCCACAACGGAGCUCCGCACAAGGUAGGCUGGCCCAUCCCGCCCCCCUACAGGCACCCGCCGCCGUACUACGUGCUGCAGCCGCCGCCGGUGUUCCUGCCGCCCAUGCUGGAGCAGUUCUACUACGGCGGCGACGGCUACAUGUACGCGCCGCACGUGCCGCCGCCGCACGUGGCGCACGCGCCGCCCGCGCCGCCGCGCCCGCCGCCGCCGCGCCCGCCGCCGCCGCCGCUGCCCGCCAUGCCGCCGCCGCCCGUGCCGCCGCCGCCGCCCGAGUGACGCGGCGCCGCCCGCGCCCAGGUCACAAAACACACGGCUAGUGGUAUACGGUAAAUCAUGUGCCAAUCGAUGUAUAUGCGAGUAUGUUAUCACUUCAAAUACAAUAGUUUAAUGUUAAAAUAUGGUUGAUAAUGACUUUGUAUCACAUGGUUUGCCGGCGACACACAGCCGAUAUAUUCAUUUACGUGAUAUCCAACGAAAGGUUAGUUGUAAAUAUAUAGACUCAUAUUAUAUUGUAGUCAUGCCUCGUUAAGCUAGUAUUACUCUGGCAGCAUAAAAAUAGUUCAAAAAUUCUUUAACUUAGCGUUACAUAUCUUUUAUCAUGAGACUGAAUUCAGUUAACAGUAAUUAAGCAAGUUUGAAUGUGUACCUUCAUUUUUGUGUUCAAUCUUUAGUCCCUUCGGGGUAUCCCCGCUAUUUUGUAUCAAGUCAUAAAAAAUAAUAUAAAAAUAUUUAUCACUUCUCAUUAUAUUAUGUCACGGAUUGGACGUGCCGUUAGAGUUUAUAAGGAAAAAGAUCAUUUUGUAAACGUAUAUGAUUUUCGUCAAAAUAAUGCGAAAAGUUUAUUUUUUUAAACAUAUUUAUUGAUUGUACAAAUUAAUCUGUUGUGUUUAAACAGAGCUCUGUCAAAAUGUUAGCUUUGCUAUCAAUAUUUACAUAAAAAUAUAUUUACAUAAAAUAUAGUAGUUUUGAGAUAUAUUUAUGAAAUUCUCAUGUAUACAGGAUGUUCCGAAGAUUGUGUACAUUUAAAAAGUAUUCCCUUUUCUAAUACUCAAGACAUUAUUCUCUUUAAAAUAUAUUGGCUCUACAAAAAAUAUUUCAUCUUUAAAUAUCGAUAUCGAUUUAAUAUAUUACGCUUUUUGGAAUAAACUGUAUGUUAACGUUUAUUGUUUAUGGUCAUUUUUGUCAAUGUCUAUGGGGACUUUUUAGUAAAUAUACGACAGAAAUAUAAAUAGGAAUCCAUUUUUGAGCAUGAAACUGUCUUAUCUCAACUACGCAAGGCUUAAAAUUGAUCAACUCACCAACUAUCAAUGAAGGCCUUAAAGUAUUUCGCCGAAAUUUUUACAUUCACGAAACUAAGCUUUUCACACACUUAGCUAAGCAAGUAAUGGUGUGAUGAAUCUGUUUCUUAGUGCUUUCAGUAUGAGAGACUUCGCAGUGCGGAGGCAUGAUAGAAAAUAUUGUGGUUGGUUAGUGUUGAGAUACAACUUUACUUCAAUUGACCGUCAGAUAAACAAAGAAAACUAUGAAAUUGCUGAAACUUUGCGUUCGGGAGCACUGUACGUCAUUAUAGUGUUAUUUGUAAAUACAGGUGUAAAAAAACCUUUUUUUCUUUGACGCAAAUUAUAAUAGUCCAGGAAAUCUAUUAUUCGCUCAAAAAUGGUAAAAUACGUAGACAUUGACAAUGUUUCUAAACAAAAGCAGUUGAUGAUCAACACAUUUAGAGUAUUUAUUGCUUGUUGCUAUAGUCAAUAUUACUGUGUUUUUUUUUUAUAUAUCAUCAGACUUGUUUACGGUGCUGAUAUUUGUUUUUUUAGAUCUUGAAUAUUAUGAUUUCAAAAAAGAUCACAGUAAUAUUGACAUUUCAAAUAUAU